CGUCGGUACCCUUUGUGACGGAUAAGAACUCAAAUCCAAGGCAAAUUAGCUCGGCUGCUCAGUGCAGCCUUGAGCUAGAAUGCACUCGUCCUCAUGACGGACCUGUCGCGCAUCCUCCCAGACUUCCCUGUGGAGCGCUAUGCAAGGCUCUUGUCUACGCUUGAGCAGAACCGGGUGACCACGAGUGAUUUGCUCACACUCGAUGUUACGGAUUUGGGCAAGAGAACGAAUCUACCACUGCUGGACCUCAAGCGACUAUGUAAUGCCGUCCUGGAAGCUUUGCAUGCCGACCUGGGCGUCUCGGACAAGCCGUCUGCAACCCAAAGCGCCUUGAGGCAGAAUGGCGCUGAGCUUUCUCGGAAAUGGAGCUGCAUCAGCACUCUGGACGACACUCUGGACCGCGCUUUGGGAGGAGGUAUCCCGACAGGCUAUAUCACAGAGAUCACGGGCGAGAGUGGUGUGGGCAAGUCACAAUUUCUGUUGACAUUGCUGCUGUCUGCGCAGCUUCCACCGCCCCAUGGACUCGGCCGGCCUGCACUGUAUAUCUCCACGGAAGCAGCCCUGUCAACGAAGCGUCUCUCUCAGAUCCUCAAUUUCCAUCCGUCGUUCAAGGACAUGGAUACGGCCGACAAACCCUCCCUGGACCGGGUCAUCAGCACAGUGACACCAGAUCUCGAAUCGCAAGAGCACAUCCUGCAAUUCCAAGUCCCCGUCGAGAUCGCCCGUCGCAACAUAGGUCUCGUCGUCAUGGACUCCGUAACCGCCAACUACCGCGCCGAGUACGAGCGCGGCGGCUCGCACAGCUCCGGCGGCUAUAACAUGGGCGCCCGCAGCAACGAGCUGGUGCGAAUGGGCCAGCUUCUCCACGAGCUGGCCCGCAAACACAACCUUGCCGUCGUCGUCUCCAACCAGGUGAGCGACCGUUUCUCCGACUCGAGCACAGCGGCGUGGGCGGCUUCUAAGCGAGGCCACCCGCCAAAGCCUGGCCCCGUACCCCAAGAGAGUCCACUCGCCAGCCGAAGCAGGGGGCCUAAGGGACCCCUUCCUGGCGCCGAGCCGACGUCGAGUAUGCCGCCGGAAGCCGUCAGGUCGAGCAUGCCUGAACCUCCUCCCGAAGAGCCGCUCGCCCCUCCCGCGUUGUUGCUCGACCACCAGCAGCGCUGGUUCACCGGGUGGGGCGACGACCCGUACGCCGACUACGCUCUGAAGACACCAAGCUUGGGCUUGGUUUGGUCGACGCAGCUGGCGUGCCGAAUCGCACUGCUGAAAAGACCGGCCUACGGGCGCAAGACGGUCGUUGAGGAGGAGGGUUCCACCGACGUCUAUCUGAAGAACUGGAAGAGGUGGAUGAAGGUCGUCUUCGCACCCCAUGCGAAGCCCAGUAGUCGUGGUUUCGAGGACGCCGUUGAGUUUGAGGUAACCAUGGCCGGCGUGAAGGCUGUGGAAAAGGCUAGGUAGAGAAAGAAGGGCUAGGCCUGGAAUGAACGACUGAAUGAAUUUUAGAGGUUCAGAUACGUUACAAUAUCUGAUACUGUGGCUGCCCCCAAACACUACCGGUGCUAAGACUAGCAUCACAACACGUGGGCUCCCGUCUGCGUCUGGUGUCAGCUGCACGUCUAUAAACCAUUUCAUAAAGGACAGCUCAUGAAAGCAUGGUGGGUACAAAAUAUCACAUAAUGAUAAUCGUGAUGGUAAGGAUGGAAGUAUGAUUGCGGUUGCAGUUUCAGAAAACACCUCU